UAGAAACGAUGUCAGAGUUUCUUGGGUUUUGGAUGCGUCUGGGGACAUCUUGUGAUGUUUUAGAGAACAGGACAUGAUCUCACAUGGCGAGAAGCUCUUUAGUUCCUUAAUCAUUUCACGGUUCCUUCGGAGGCUUUUUUUUCCACCUAAAACGUUUAGUUUCAGCUCAGUGAUCAGCUGCAAAAGCUCGACGGGGAGCGGAAGAGUUGAAUUAUUCCGACCUGCAAGCAGCCCCUUAGAAAAAAAAAAAAAACCUAAAAAAAGUGGAAACUUUUUUUCCCUGUCCAUUCCACCAAGUCCUGAAAAAUCAGAAUGGAAUUAGAGAAAAACUACCCGACUUCCAGGACCGGUAGAACAGGACAUGGAGGCGUGAAUCAAUUAGGGGGGGUUUUUGUAAAUGGCCGUCCCCUCCCUGAUGUAGUCCGCCAAAGGAUUGUGGAACUUGCCCAUCAAGGUGUGAGACCCUGUGACAUCUCCAGGCAGCUUCGGGUCAGCCAUGGUUGUGUCAGCAAAAUUCUCGGCAGGUAUUAUGAGACUGGAAGUAUCAAGCCUGGGGUGAUUGGAGGGUCAAAACCAAAGGUCGCCACACCCAAAGUUGUAGAAAAGAUUGCAGAAUAUAAACGCCAAAAUCCUACCAUGUUUGCCUGGGAAAUCAGAGAUAGACUCUUAGCAGAGAGAGUGUGUGACAAUGACACUGUGCCCAGUGUCAGCUCAAUUAACAGGAUCAUCCGGACAAAGGUACAACAGCCACCCAACCAGCAGGUCCCAGCUUCCAGUCACAGCAUAGUCUCCACAGGUUCUGUGACCCAAGUGUCUACUGCAAGUACCGAUUCUGCUGGCUCCUCCUACUCCAUUAGUGGAAUUCUGGGAAUUACAUCUCCUAGCGCUGAAACCAACAAACGCAAAAGAGAGGAAGGUAUUCAGGAGUCUCCAGUACCAAAUGGCCAUUCCCUCCCAGGCAGAGAUUUUCUUCGGAAACAGAUGCGGGGAGACCUUUUUACCCAGCAACAAUUAGAAGUAUUGGAUCGAGUCUUUGAGAGACAACAUUAUUCUGACAUAUUUACAACCACUGAACCCAUCAAACCAGAACAGACCACAGAAUAUUCAGCCAUGGCAUCGCUAGCUGGUGGAUUAGAUGAUAUGAAGGCCAAUUUAACAAGCCCUACAUCCGCGGAUAUAGGGGCCAAUGUCCCAGGGCCACAGUCAUACCCCAUUGUGACAGGUCGUGAUUUGGCAAGCACAACCCUCCCAGGAUACCCUCCACACGUCCCCCCUGCUGGACAGGGCAGCUACUCUGCUCCAACUCUGACAGGGAUGGUGCCCGGGAGUGAGUUUUCUGGAAGUCCUUAUAGCCACCCACAGUAUUCAACAUACAAUGAUUCCUGGAGAUUUCCCAACCCUGGGCUGCUAGGCUCUCCUUACUAUUACAGUGCAGCUGCCAGAGGAGCAGCUCCUCCUGCGGCUGCCACCGCCUAUGACCGCCAUUGACCCAGGAGCGAAGAAAUCCAAGCACUUACUACACAUAUCAUUCAGGACUAUAGCGUCUGAAUCACUGAGACAUAUCCAUGCCAACCAGACUGCACAAGGAAGGACAAGAGAAUAGCCAAUAAGAUUCCACCGAUUCAACAAAAUGUUAUACUUUACAAGGGGCAAACUGAUGUGGGGUUGGUGGUUUGGUUUUUUUCUCUCUCUCUUGCUUUCUUGCUUUCCCCCCCUUCUUUCAUUGUUGUUGUUGGGUUUUGUUUGUUUGCUUCUAAGAUGAAAUCAAUGAGAUUUUACUCAUGUUGACUGGGUCUCAGAAAACCAACCAACCGAAAACCAGUUAUGCUGACAUUCCUCCCUGUUCACAGGACAGUCUGUUCUUGGGAGCGGGCCAGUCGCCUCCAGUUUUCUCCAGGUACAUCCGAGGAAGAGUCAAACAAAUGUAUUCUUGGGCAGAGCUUUUUUCCUGGAAGACCCUGAGGUGGGCAUCUCAGCAUCAUCUGCCUAACUCACCCUUGGCUUUUGUUUGGGGUGGUUGGUCAAGAAAGAUUGCUCUUUUCUGCUGAAAGCAGCAUUGAUGUAAAUACGCCUUGCUUUUUGUGUGUGUUGCGAAGAGAGUGGCUAAGUAUACACUGUAAAUGCUUUUACACAUGGCGAGCUCAGAAUGCAUUGACAAGUGCAUUUUGAAACUGGUGCACUGAGUCAGAAUUUAGUAAGCUUUAACCGACCUUGAGCCAACCAGGUGGUAUUUUCUUUGUGGUCAUCCUUUGGCCUGAAGUGAUUUUUUUUGUUUGUUUGUUUGUGCAGUAUCCAUAGGAGAGGCCUUGGGUAGGAGAACAUGCUGUUUAGAGGCAUGGAACACAAGGACAAGUAAAACCCUUGGACAGGUUGUGACAUUUUGCAGCUUUCUAUCAAUUCAUCUUUCUUUGUAACCAUCCUGAAUACCCUGGAAAUACAUUUUUCUAGUUUCAAGCAGUGCUAACUUUAAGGAAGGAUUUCUUAGUCAGCUUCUGACAUGCUGUAUGUAAAUCUAAAUAGGCAGGUGAAAACUCACUGAUUUUCUAAAAGAAAAAGGAAAGAAAACAAUCUCAGCAUGAUGAGCUGCCAUGUUAAUAGCCUGAGUCAUACUUGGCUUCACCCCGCCAUUCAUCAUACAUUACAGAUUACGUUUUCCAAAUCAUGGAAAUUUGGAGAACUUAAUUUUUGGUGAUUUCCUGAGCUACUCUUUGGAAACCAAGAUAUCUUCCCCAAUAUUAUAUUGUUAGAGUCAGAAAAUGUUUUACUGGGGGGGGAUGUUUGACCUCUUACCCCCAGGAAAACAAGCCCAUUAGUGCAGAAAUAAUAUUUUGUUUAAUGUCCCAUUCUCUUUAGGAAAAAAAAAGAACAAAAAUGAGUAGCUCAAAAAUGCUUCAACAAUUCAAUUCAACAAACAUUUUUAAGCACCUAAUCUGUGCAGGAGCACCAGACUAGGUGCUAAGAGACACAACAAUAAAAAUAAGACACUGUCCCUGCCCUCAAGGAAUUUAUAAUCUUGACGGGGAGAUAAAGCAUGUACAUAUAUAAAUAAAAUACAAAUUAGAUUAUGAUCAAUGUGUAGGCAAGGUCCAAACAAGGUUCUGUGAUUCAAGGAGGGAGAGGUCAUUUCCUUCUGAUGGGAUCAGGGAAGAUUCUUCAUAGUACCUAUGCUAGAUCUUAAAGAAAGGGAAAUAUUUCAACAAAUGGAGAUAAAGUUGAGAUGGGAGAAGGAAUUCAUUUUAGGACUAAAGGACUAGUGUAAGCCAAUGCAUAAAAGUGGGAAAGGGCAAGAAUAGGUUGAAGAAUGGUACAGAUUGAGAUAAAGCUGGAAAGAUAAAUUACACUAAAUUACAGGGAGUCUUGAAUGCCCAGACUUUACUUGGUAGAUAAUGUUAAAUUACUCAAUGUGAUUGAUCAGGGAAGUGAUGUGAUCAGAGACUUCUACUCAGAGGAAUAGCUAAGGCACAUUUGAAUCAUCAUCAAUACUCUUAACCCACAUAACCGGUACUUUUUUAUUUCCCCAAAGGGACAUCUAGGUUCAACUUGUUUACUCAAUUAUCAAUUAGAAUUGCAUUAUCAUCUUGGACAAUGUCAGCAAAGAGUCUGAUAAAAUGAAUGAAUGGAUGUGCUUCUCACCCCUGCUAAAUGAAAGACAAAUUAGGAUCAGUUAGUUCCUUAAUUCAUUCAGUAAAUAUUUAUUGAGAAAUUCCUAUGUACUUGGUACUAUAAUAGUAGGCGCUGACAUGGGAAAGGAGAGAUCAUAUGAAGAAAGAUAUGGUGGUCCCUGUCCUUAUUUAGCUAGACAGAAAAACAUGUUGAAUGAAGUAUUUAAAGAAAAAUACAAAGACUAUACUCAGAAACUAAAAUAGGAUAUAGGGAAUAAGUGCUUUGGGAGUCAGGAAAUCACUGUAAACUGUAGGGCAAAGAGGGCUUCACAGAGGUUGUGGGACUUGAAUCAUGUCUUGAAAGAUGGCUAGAAUUUAGAAGUAAAAGAUUACUCUGAACAAUGGUGUUAGUUGGCCAAUUGUUUUAGUCAUGUCCAACUCUUUGUCAUCCCGCUUGGAAUUUUCUUGAC